AUGUCAACAAAUUGUUUUUCCGGUUACAAAGACCUCAUCAAGGAAGGCGAUUUAACUCUAAUAUGGGUUUCUAGAGAUAACAUCAAACCGGUAAGGAUGCAUUCCGAAGAGGUAUUCAAUACUCGUUAUGGUUCAUUUCCUCAUAAGGAUAUCAUAGGUAAACCUUAUGGUUCUCAAAUUGCUAUAAGAACAAAGGGCUCAAAUAAGUUUGCAUUCGUCCAUGUUCUGCAACCAACUCCUGAAUUGUGGACUUUGUCGUUACCACACAGAACUCAAAUUGUAUAUACGCCCGACUCUUCCUACAUCAUGCAAAGGUUGAAUUGUAGCCCUCACAGCAGAGUGAUCGAGGCAGGUACAGGCUCAGGAUCAUUUUCGCACGCUUUUGCAAGAUCUGUAGGUCAUCUUUUUAGUUUUGAAUUUCAUCACAUAAGAUACGAACAAGCAUUAGAGGAAUUCAAAGAGCAUGGACUUAUUGAUGAUAACGUUACGAUUACACAUCGGGAUGUUUGCCAAGGUGGAUUUCUUAUAAAGAAGGGAGACACUACAUCUUACGAAUUUGGCAAUAAUGAAACCGCCGCUUCAUUGAAUGCAAAUGUAGUGUUUUUAGAUCUGCCGGCUCCCUGGGAUGCUAUACCUCAUCUGGAUUCUGUUAUUUCCGUAGACGAAAAGGUCGGAUUGUGUUGCUUCUCCCCAUGCAUUGAGCAAGUAGACAAAACAUUGGAUGUAUUAGAGAAAUAUGGCUGGACGGAUGUUGAAAUGGUGGAAAUUCAAGGUAGACAGUACGAAAGUCGAAGACAAAUGGUCAGAUCACUCAAUGAUGCCCUGGAAAGGUUGAGAGAUAUUAAGAGGCACAAACUCCAGGGUGUAGAAAGACGCAAGCGGAUGUUUAACAAUACAAUAGAUUCUAACGAUGAAAAAGUUGGAAAAAGAAACGAGGAUGGCGUACCAUUAACAGAAAAGGCCAAAUUUAAUCCUUUUGGCAAAGGUUCUCGAAUCAAGGAAGGUGAUAGUAAUUAUAAAUGGAAGGAGGUCACAAAGAUGGAAGCUGAGAUCAAAUCCCAUACCUCAUAUUUGACUUUUGCAUUUAAAGUUGUGAAUAGAUCAAGAGAUGAUGAAAAAGUUAACGAAAUUCUUCGAUCCACGGAAAAAUAA